CAAACGUUCCAAAUCACCUACCUCCGACCCACCCAUUCCCCCCUUAAGAAAUUUCCCAGGGUGCCAUAUCGCCAGAACCCACACCGCCAACACAACAGGGGCGAAUUCCAAGCACCCAAAAUACACCUCUCGAGUCCCAAUCUCACUGAAAAGCCCCUCAGCCGUUUCCGCCAACCUAAAGCAAACCCUCACGUACAACAGCACCACCGCCACCGAGAACGCGACAUAGAAACUCUUCCCCCCGACUUUCGCAACCGUCCGCCUCGCCCUCGCCGCAAACACCGCGAACAGCACGAUGAAGAUUAAGAAAGUCAAGGCCUGGAAGGCCAGGCCCGCGAGCAGGAUGUUGUUCGGGGUGGUGGGGUCUUUGCGGUUCGAUUCCGCGACACCGAUGAGGGCCGCCCCGACGAUUUGUAUGACCGUCGCGAUGACGUCGGCUGUGAUGAAGAGGGAGAGAAUCCAGCGUGGAGGCAGCGGUGCGUAGUGUCGCGACGUGUGUCUGAUGAGGACUGAGAGGAUGGUGUAGAUGGCUGCUGCGAAGAACACAGGCGCGACUACGAUGAAGAAAUAUUGUACAACAAAGUAUGCUACGCGGUAUGGGUCGAGUUGCGAUGAGAGGAUGCGGAAUGCAUAGCCCACUAUUUCCUGGGUGUCGAGAUUGUGGUUAGUCUUUUUUUUAUACAUGCCAUAUCGGAUUGUACCGGCUU